GUCCGAGCAUGAGGUAAUGGUGGUGAGAGGAGGAGGCAGCUCGUGUGCACGAGACGUUGCGUUCCUGGGGAGCUCGUGCUGCGGCUUCUACUCCAAAACCUUGCGAAGGCAGGGAAGUUGUAGCGGGCGAGGCUGCGGGUUGCAAUAGGCAGGACUGAAUUGCCAGGGCCGUGCAAUGGGUUAUCGUUUCUCAGCUGUGGAAAGGGGACAUCGCGUUGGGUGGAGGUUUGCAUUUCUCCUGCUGUGCCGAGCUCACCCGGAUUCCUCGUAGAAAGGAGACGGACAGAGAAGCAACAGGGAGGUGGAGCUGGAGCAAUUGCUGCAUCUAGUGCACAGGGAGGAGGGGGGAAACCACAGCAUCAAAUUCCGAGAAGGGCUUGUUCGGAAGGAUCCCCCGUGCAACUGCGGAAAGAAAACCAGGAGUAGGAGGAGAUGCAACUGGUGUAACUGAGUAAUUACCGUACAGAUAGUGAGAAAUUCCCUCGGAGCCACUUUACAGAGCAAAUGACGGAACCUGCUUUUCUAGCUCGCUGAGUGGAUGAGUCCUUGUUAUUUUUUAAAUGCAUGGAUUUUACAGGCAGUGAGGCAAGAGUACUGAAGUAGGUGGGAUGAAACCUUUAGAAGCCUUUAAUUUUUUUUGGUUUUUGCAUGAAGCAGGAACCAACAGAUUUGAGACAUUUUUGAACCACACAAAGCCUAAAUAUUAGCUGCGAGAGGUGUUUUUUUUUUAAAGAAAAAAAAUCUAGAACUGAUCCAAGGAAAAGCCUGCCAGCCAGUGGCCGUGACGUUGCAGAGUUUAAAGGGGGUAGAUGAAACCGAUCGGACAUUGACUGGGCGAAAAGGGGCUCCGGGCGGUGCUUGGGAUUUGAAGCGCUUGCUUUCUUGGAGAGACUGUUAAAAAUAUGCUGCUGGCUUCCGCCGUAGUGGUUUGGGAAUGGCUGAACGAACACGGACGCUGGAGACCCUACAGCCCCGCAGUGAGCCACCACAUCGAGGCGGUGAUCCGGUCCGGGCCAAGAGUCGGGGGAAGCGUCGUCCUGGGCCAGGUGGACAAUCGGCUGUCGCCUUAUAUCAUCGACCUGCAGUCCAUGCACCAGUUCCGCCAGGAUACUGGCACCAUUCGCCCAGUGCGGCGCAGCUACUAUGACCCCACCUCGGCACCAGGAAAGGGCAUGGUAUGGGAGUGGGAGAACGACAAUGGCACCUGGACCCCCUAUGACAUGGAGGUGGGUAUCACCAUCCAGCAUGCCUAUGAGAAACAGCAUCCCUGGAUUGAUCUCACUUCCAUUGGCUUCUGUUACGUCAUUGACUUCAGCACGAUGGAGCAGAUCAACCGCCAGACCCAACGCAAGCGCCGUGUCCGCCGCCGCCUUGACAUGGUCUACCCGUUGGUCACCGGUACCUUGCCCAAAUCCCAGUCGUGGCCAGCGAGCCCUGGUGUGGCCAGCACGCCUCCUGCUCCCGCCUGCACUUGUCCGCAGUGCCUCCUUGUCAUGAGCAUCAAGGCAGUAGUGGCAGCUGGGAGCAAUGGAGGAACUGGAGUUACAGCCAGCCAGCAGCAGCUGCAGCAGCCGCAGCAGCUACAACCCCCACCACCUCCACGUAAAGCGGUCUCCCUUUCUGGGAGCACCAAACUCCCUACUCCUGCAUCAGUUCACAAGCCCCAAGAUGGAACAGCCACGAUGCGCAGCUCCUUGAAGACCCUGGCAUCUCAAGUGAGCCGGAGGCAGGCAGCCAGCACGCCAGCGCUCACCACAACCGGCUCCCUGGCCAGCCCUACCAGUGCCAAUGGCAAGGUGACCCGUGCCAGCCUUAAUACACUGAACCGUACCAACCUGCAGCGUCUGGCCAUCGCCCAGUCCCGUGUACUGAUUGCUUCGGGGGUCCCGACAGUUCCUGUGAAAAACCUCAAUGGCUCAAGCCCAGUCAACCCAGCACUGGCAGGAAUCACAGGGAUCCUCAUGAGCGCUGCAGGUCUGCCUGUCUGCCUGACUCGACCCCCAAAACUGGUUCUGCAUCCCCCUCCAGUCAGCAAGAGUGAAAUCAAGUCUAUCCCUGGAAUAUCCAAUACUUGCCGCAAGGCCACCAAAAAGCAGACCAAGAAAGGUAAAACCCCUGAGGAAGUGCUGAAAAAAUACCUACAGAAGGUGCGCCAUCCCCCAGAUGAGGACUGUACCAUCUGCAUGGAACGCCUCUCUGCCCCUUCAGGCUACAAGGGGCCUCAGCCGGCGAUCAAGCCAGACUUGGUGGGCAAACUUUCAAAGUGUGGCCACAUGUACCACCUCCACUGCCUUGUGGCUAUGUACAACAAUGGGAACAAGGAUGGGAGUUUGCAAUGUCCGACCUGCAAGACCAUAUAUGGAGUGAAGACUGGCACCCAGCCUCCUGGGAAGAUGGAAUGUCACCUUAUUCCUCAUUCAUUGCCUGGGCAUCACGACUGGAAAACCAUCCGAAUUAUCUACAACAUUCCUCCAGGGAUCCAGGGACCAGAGCACCCAAAUCCUGGGAAGAGCUUCACUGCCCGGGGUUUCCCUCGACACUGUUACCUUCCAGACAGUGAAAAAGGCAGAAAGGUGCUGAAACUGCUUCUGGUAGCCUGGGAUCGGCGGCUGAUCUUUGCCAUUGGCACCUCAAGCACCACCGGCGAGUCAGAUACUGUGAUCUGGAAUGAGAUUCACCACAAGACAGAGUUUGGCUCCAACCUUACAGGCCACGGCUACCCUGAUCCCAACUACCUAGAUAACGUGCUGGCUGAGCUGGCAGCUCAGGGCAUCACAGAGGAGAGUGCGGUCCAGGAAAAGGAUUGAGAGUGCAGGAGGAGAGGGGAGACAGGCCUUGCCCUUGGGGGUGGAGCUAGAAGUGUAGCAGGUGUUCCAUGGAUCAUGCUCCCUCCCUCUUCCACUGUGCCUGCUCUAAUCCGAUCCAUUUCCUGCUGCCACAGCCACCAUCUGCCUCUUAAAAGGCCCGGCUCUGCCUGUCCAGCAGUCUACUUAGGGGCCUGCUCCGAUGAGAAGCCACUGGCUCUCACAUGGCCCCACAGCACUUGACUGAUAGCAGUAAACAAACCUGGGCGUUUUCUUCUAGCUCAUCUUGGGCGUGGGGUGGAGUGUCCUGAUGAGGCCUGAGGUUAUAUUAACCUUAGUAACCAAAAGCUGUUUGGAGGCUCAGAAACCUGGCUUGGCAUUUUUAUGUGGGCAAAUUUAAAUUCUGAGAAAACAAAGCAAGGUAUGCCUUGGGGGCAGGCAGCCCCAUCCAGCAUCUUGGGUUGUACCACUCAGGAGCUGAGAAGAUGGCUCCAUUCCAAAGGCACUGAGGAUUAAAACCAGCCCUGGUCUCUUUUUCUUGCCCAGCUAGGUGCUUGGUUCUGUGUUGUCAUGUCACUGCUGCUUUCAUGUCGUUGGCUCAAUGUGAGUCAGACAUGUGCUGUUUGCUGGUCUGGCACUCUGCUCCCUGGCAGCCUCAUACCUUCUGAGGCUGCCUUCCUGGGCCUGUUGCAAGAUAGCGAAGAAGCAGGUCUGCUUCCUGCUGGAACCUGCCCCAGUUCCUUAGGGAAGCACGUGGGGAAUACCUUUUCUUGGGUGCAUUCCAGACUGGGUCAGCUGUAGGCAAGUCCUCGUGUCCUAUUCAAAAGUGGACUAGAGCAGAAUAACUGGAUCGCAGCUGGUACCUAAACUGAACCUCAAUCAGAUGCUGUAAACCUCUUGCUUCCCUGUAAGUUGGGAUAUUGAAUCUCGCCCGUGCCUGCCUCCAAAUAAAGUCAGUCCAUUCCAGACCAAGCCUCACUGUUGUGGCUGGAUCUGCUGUACCCACUUGGACUCCGUGAUGCAAUACGUACUUGGCAAGAGUUUAGGUCAGGCCUCCCUGUCUCAUUGCAUUUACUUCUCUCCAGACCAGUACAGAGCCAUGUGCCCCCAUCUCUCUUUCUGUUUUGUGAAUUGCAUCCCAGGGGCUUGUGUUACGUCUGAUCUGUUUCUGUUGUGGGGUUAGAAUGAGUGGAGUUGUUGUGGAGGUGGUGAACGUGAGACACUUUCGGCUUUUGCUCCACGCACUCCCAAGGUGGGUUCUUUGAACUAUUUGUAUGGGGGAGUCCCCUGGAUACUGAUUUGAAUUUAUUUACCUCAUAUUUGGGGGGUUUGUCGUAUAUAUGUAUAUAUUUAUAUAUAUAUAUUUGUAAUGUAUGAGAAAAACUUUGAGGCUAGGAUGUGUAACACAAUGGUACUUAAGUUAGACCUGGAGGCUAAGCACAACUGUUGCUGCAGUUUGCCUUGGUAUAGAGCAGAGUUAGCCAAUGUGAUACCUUCCAGAUGAUGCUGGACUACAACUCCCAUCAUCCCUGACUAUUGGCCAUGCUGGCUGGGGCCGAUAGGAUCUGGAGUCCAGUGACAACCGAAGGGCACAACUUUGGCUACUCCUAGUUUAGAGAUAAGAGUGGGAGCCCUUUUGAAAUGGCUGCACUAAUGAUAUAUUAGGUCCAUGCCCUUUCUUCCUCAACCCUGGUAUUUAAAUCAAUACUUUGGCUUAGGAAAGAAGAAUACCUUAACAACCCAUGUGAAAUCUCUGUGGGGCAAGCUCGGAUGAAAAAAUAAAGAGAUGGAACAGGGCUAGAGAGAGAGAGUGUGAGAAUAGAAAGGAGCAUGUUUGUAGAGGUGACUGACUGCAUGCUUGUCUGGGUUGGUGAUGGCAUGGUGUGUGUGAAUGAGGAGGAGCUCAGAGACGUCACAAGGGUUGUUAAGUUUGCCAUGAUUUUUUUUUAAGGCUCUUGAUAAAUAAUUUGAGGCUCCUAGGUACAUGUCAUCUGGGAAGUCUCCUCUUUCUCAUCCUCAAGAGGAUAUUGACAUUCCAUUGUGCCUGGUUCCUCCUGAAAAUCUACAUGUGUUUCAGAAGUUGCUUCCUCUAGGCUAGGGGUGGCUAACCUACAGUUUUUCAGGGGCCUGAUCCAGUCCCAUCCCAAGCACCCCUGACCCCACCAAUUUUGGCAGCACCAAAAAGAAUAAAGGAAGAGGGGAGACUGUGUGCCUAUGUGUGUGUUUGUGUGCAAGCACAAGUAUGGGCUGGCCACAUCCACAGCUGGCAUACAGCCUCUGGAGGUAUGUCCAAGGGUUAAUGUGCGAUCCUUAGGCCAAAAACAAAUCAGCCGUUCCUGCUCCAGGCCCUUGCAGAGGAGCCAAAACAAUGUCUUCCUUGCCCUUUUCCCAACUCUUUGUGUCCCCUAAAACUAAGCUCUUUAAUUUAUAACUCGGUUACUACUUAACAAUAGUAACCAGGGGCUAUUACCAGAUGUGAUGUGCCCCAGCUUCUGUCCUACAUUAUUUUAUACGGCUUCCUUUCUCAAUAAAUCCUACCAGGCAUUUCCCUCUUGGAUUCUCAGUUGCCUGUAUCUUCCCUGUAAAUGAUUUGAUUUGAUUUGACUGAGCAGAGAACAAAACAAAACAAAAAUUCCCUAUCCUUGCUAAAUCUUCUAAGUGGAACCCAUCAGCACCACCACCCCCCAAAAAAUUAACCACGGCACUCCCUCAAAUGUGACUUAGCCUCCAGGAUAGGGGAAAAGUUUUGGAGGGCGACCUUCCAGCCACAGUCAUCUCCCAACUACCGGGAGUCAAUUUGCCUUUUUUUUUACUUUUUUUUUUACUUUUUUUGGGGGGAUGAUUUAUUUCUUCCUUGAACUUUCCAGCUGUUGAUAAUUUUGUACUUCUUAGGGAAUGGCCAGCCUGAUGUGACACUGUCAUCAAGGGUGAUGGGGAGGGUCUCUCUUUUUCCCUUUUUGGCCUCUUCAUGUCCCAAAACAGGUUGUGUGGGUGCUGGUAGUGGUAUUGGGGGUGGGAGGGGAGGGCA